GCCCCACCCCGCCCGCCGUGGCGGGCGCUGCCCACCCGGCGGAGCCGAGCGGCGUGCAGAGGCUACAAGUGCCGUAGCUGGUGAUUGGGGGACUUUCUCCGGGAACCGUGCCGGGAGAGCGCGCGGUGCUGGAGCCGCACCGGGUGGCCGAAGCAGAAGACUUUCCGGAAGCUGCUGGGGGAUGUCUGACUAGCUCUCAUGGAGCUCCACUACCUUGCUAAGAAGAGCAACCAGGCAGACCUCUGUGAUGCCAGGGACUGGAGUUCAAGAAGGCUGCCUGGUGACCAGGCAGAUACAGCAGCCACAAGAGCUGCUCUCUGCUGUCAGAAACAGUGUGCAUCCACCCCAAGAGCAACCGAGAUGGAAGGGUCUAAACUUAGUUCUUCUCCAGCAUCCCCCUCCUCUCUGCAAAACAGUACUCUUCAGCCAGAUGCCUUUCCACCAGGACUUCUCCACUCAGGGAACAAUCAAAUAACAGCGGAACGGAAAGUCUGUAACUGCUGCAGCCAGGAAUUAGAAACUUCUUUUACGUAUGUGGACAAAAACAUCAACUUGGAGCAGCGGAACCGGAGCUCGCCAUCAGCAAAAGGGCAUAAUCACCCUGGGGAGCUUGGCUGGGAAAAUCCAAAUGAGUGGUCCCAAGAGGCUGCCAUAUCUUUGAUAUCUGAAGAGGAGGAUGAUACAAGUUCAGAAGCCACGUCUUCAGGGAAGUCUAUAGACUAUGGUUUCAUCAGCGCCAUCUUGUUCUUGGUCACUGGGAUCCUGCUGGUGAUCAUCUCUUACAUCGUCCCACGGGAAGUGACUGUGGACCCCAACACUGUGGCAGCCCGGGAGAUGGAGCGCCUGGAGAAGGAGAGUGCGAGGCUGGGGGCUCACCUGGACCGCUGUGUGAUUGCGGGGCUCUGCCUCCUCACGCUGGGGGGCGUCAUCCUCUCCUGCUUGUUAAUGAUGUCCAUGUGGAAGGGGGAGCUCUAUCGUCGAAACAGAUUUGCCUCUUCCAAAGAGUCUGCAAAACUCUAUGGUUCUUUCAACUUCAGGAUGAAAACCAGCACGAAUGAAAACACUCUGGAACUGUCCUUGGUAGAGGAAGAUGCGCUUGCUGUACAGAGUUAAUUCUGGUUGUGAAUAUCUUGAGAGUCUGCCUUGGCAUUUUAUAAUAUGAAAAAAGUUAAUUUAUAAAAAUUCACAGUGCAAUUUAUUUGCCUGGCAAGAAAAGUUUAUUUCACAAACCAACAGCCAGUAAGUGUUUUUGUUCUCCAUGUGUCUUCUAUUUAGAAGAAAAGCCAUGUAAGAUGUAUAAGAAACCACAACCAGCCACACCUAUCCUUCUGAAGAGCUGAAGGCUAAUUAAUCUGUAAUGGCCAAGAACUUCUACUUCAAUAGAAAAAUAUUUCUAAUGACCCAGUCUACAAAUUAUUUCUUUUACACAAAUAUAUGAUGUUAUUCUUUGGACACUAGGUGGUCCUACACACAGUAGGAUCAAUUGCUAAUCUACUUUGUGAAAAAGAACUAAGCACUAAUCAAUAAUAAGGCUUACAUCUAAUUCUCAAAGGUGCUUAUCCAUUUUCUUGCUAAAUUAUCCUUCUUGUAAUUUGGCUAAACACUAAAAUAUGGAAUUUUUAGUUUGAAUAUUUUGAAAUUUGAGGAUGGCUUUUCUUAUUGUAAAAAAUGUUAUGUUUGAAAUUAUUCCUGUAUUCAAAAAUGGUAAUUAAGUCAUUAAGAUAAACUUUCUAAUAAAAGAAAAUUAUGUAAA